GAGUAAGAGGAGUGAGAGUAAGAGGAGGGCGAGGAAGAGGACUUGGAGGUGAAGAAGCAGGAGGACGAGGACGUGGACAAGGAAAUGAAUUCGGAGGAAGAGGAGGAGGAGGUGCAGAAGCAAGAGGGAGAGGAGGACAGGGAAGACAAGGAGGAGCACUUAGAGGAAGAGGACAACGAGGUGCACUUAGAGGAAGAGGACGAGGAGGUGCAGAAGCACAAGGAGAACGAGGAAGGGAAGAGGAACGGGAAGGAGUACGAGUAAGAAAUAGAAUCACUGAUGUCAUCAGAGCUACAAUAGUGGACCAUGUAAUCAACCAUGGCAUGAGCCUAAGGGAAGCUGGCCAACGGGUUCAACCCAACCUGAGCCGCUACACUGUAGCAGGCAUCAUAAGAACAUUUCGAAAUGAGAAUCGAAUUGUUAGACAACCUGUUGCUGGGGGCAGAAGAAGACUAUUCACGGCUGAACAAGAGACCCACAUAGUGAAUAUGGUGCUGGCAAACAACUCCAUAAGGCUACGAGAAAUACAGCAGCACAUAAUAGAGGAUGACACAACAUUCGAACACAUAAAUAAUGUGAGCAUCUCUGCAUUAUCUCGCAUACUGGCACGAAACCGAAUAAGGAUGAAGCAGGUCUAUAGGGUCCCAUUUCAAAGAAACAGUGAACGUGUGAAACAACUGCGAUAUGAAUUUGUGCAGGUAAGCUUACUGUAUCAUUGGUACUCAAUCUGGAAGUGCAUACUGUGUGCUGUGCAUGGGCCUGCUGUGCUGCAUUUGUUUUGUCUUUUCCAGAGAGUGAUGGCCCUAGAGGCAGAUGCCAUGGGUCAUGAGCUGGUCUUUGUGGAUGAGGCAGGCUUUAACCUCAGCAAAACCAGAAGACGGGGAAGGAACAUUAUUGGACACCGUGCCAUAAUCAAUGUCCCAGGACAGCGCGGUGGAAACAUUACCAUGUGUGCAGCCAUCAGUCAAAACGGUGUUGUUCACCAUCAUGCAACUCUGGGCCCAUACAACACUGCACACAUUCUUACAUUCCUGGACACCCUGCAUGACAUAUUCACUCUCGUUCAGAGACCAGAGCCGACCAGAUAUGUCAUCAUAUGGGACAAUGUUAGUUUCCACCGCGCUGUUCUGGUCCGCAACUGGUUUACCGAUCACCCGGAAUUCAUUGUGGUCUACCUCCCCCCUUACUCUCCAUUCCUAAAUCCCAUUGAAGAGUUUUUCUCUGCUUGGCGCUGGAAGGUUUUAGCCCUUCUACAGGCAAUGGAGGAGGCAUGCGGAGACAUUGACCAGGUGUCAUGUCAGGCCUGGAUACGACACUCCAGGAGAUAUUUUCCCCGGUGCCUAGCAAUGGAAGACAUUGCAUGUGAUGUGGACGAGAUUUUGUGGCCAGACCCAGUAAGAAGACAAGACUGAUUUUUUUCCCUCAAUGAUUGUCAUUUUAUGUUUUUUUUGUUUUUUUUGUGCCUUGACCUGAAAAA